AUGACUUGCAUUGCUUAUGCGUUUAAGGCUUUGUGUUUGUCUCUCUUGUUCGUCGACGCCGUUGCAAGUCGUCCGACCAAUAGGCCAAAGGUUUUUAACGUCCAACGCUAUGGUGCCAAAGCUGGCGGAAAAGCUGAUAACACCAAGGCGUUCACAAACAUAUGGAAAAGCGCAUGCACAAGGAAAGGUGGUAAUAGUAAAAUCUACGUACCGAAAGGAACGUUUUAUCUCGGUGGUGUAGAGUUCGUAGGGCCAUGUGCGAAUCAGAUUGAAUUCGUUAUCGAUGGAACUUUAUUGGCUCCUUCAAACCCCAGGGACAUUAAGAAUGACACAUGGAUCCAGUUCAGGUACAUUAACAAUCUUAUUAUCUCCGGUGCCGGUACACUCGACGGCCAAGGAAAAGAGUCUUGGCCACUAAAUGACUGCCACAAAAACCCCAGUUGUCCUAAGCUAGCUAUGACCAUGGGAUUUGCAUUCGUGAACAACUCAAGAAUCAAUGGGAUAACGUCACUCAACAGCAAAAUGGGACACUUCAACUUCUUCUCUGUCCAUCACUUCAACAUCACUGAAGUCACUAUAACAGCUCCCGGCGACAGCCCAAACACCGAUGGGCUAAAGUUCGGGUUCUGUAGCAACAUUAACAUCUCCAAGACACACAUUGGUACAGGAGACGACUGUAUAGCCAUCCUUUCCGGAACCACCAACAUGGAUAUCUCUAAUGUCAAUUGUGGUCCCGGACAUGGGAUCAGUGUCGGAAGCUUAGGGAAGAACAAAGAAGAGAAGGACGUUAAUGGCUUAACCGUAAGAGACAUAGUCUUUAACGGCACUAGCGAUGGUAUUCGGAUCAAGACUUGGGAAUCUUCAGCUUCGAAGAUAUUGGUUUCUAACUUUGUGUACGAGAAUAUUCAAAUGAUUAACGUUGGAAACCCUAUCAACAUCGACCAGAAGUAUUGUCCUCACCCACCUUGUGAAAAGAAGGGACAAUCACACGUUCAAAUCCAAGACCUUAAAUUAAAGAACAUAUAUGGAACAUCGAUGAACAAAGUGGCGGUGAAUCUACAAUGUAGCAAGAGCUUUCCAUGCAAGAAGGUUGAGCUAAUUGACAUUAACCUAGAGCAUAAGGGAGUCGAGGGUGGUCCUUCCACUGCGGUAUGUGAGAAUGUUGACGGUUCUGCCCGUGGCACGAUGGUUCCUCAGCAUUGUCUGAACUGA